AUGUUCAAUGCGAGCGAGCUAAGCGACUGGUUCAGAAGACCCAUCAGCCUCCGUCUCGUCACCAACCUUUCACCAACCUUCUUCACCACGACCAUCAUCAUCAUCAUAAUCAUCAUUAUCGGUAUCGCACCAUCGCUCUCUGUUCCCGCAUUCUUCCGAUGGCUUUCUCAAAAGUACCCAAAAAUCAUUAGCCCGGUCCUGGAGGCCUUGCCCCAAGAAAUUGAUGGCCACGAGAUCCCGGUCGAUACUACGGGCCCAAACCCAAACGGCGAGGAGCUUGACAACCUUUACCUCGAUAUGAACGGUAUCGUUCAUCCGUGCUCACAUCCCGAGGACCGCCCACCCCCGGAGACUGAACAGGAGAUGAUGUUGGAGGUUUUUAGAUACACAGAGAGAGUUGUUGCAAUGGUUAGGCCUAGGAAAGUCUUGAUGAUGGCCGUUGAUGGUGUUGCCCCUCGUGCAAAGAUGAAUCAACAGCGUUCCAGACGAUUCCGAUCUGCGCAGGAAGCGAAAGAAAAGGAGGAGCAAGUAGCGGAAUUUGUGAAGCUGCUAGCCUCCAAGGGCACAGAUAUCGAUUCAAAUCUGCAGAAAAAAGGGUGGGACAGCAAUGCGAUUACACCUGGGACACCGUUCAUGGACAUUCUUUCGAUUGCCCUUAAAUAUUGGGUUGCGCAUAAGUUAAAUACCGACCCAGGUUGGGCAAAGUUGAAAAUUAUAAUAUCGGAUUCUUCUGUACCAGGGGAGGGCGAGCACAAGAUCAUGGAGUUUGUCAGGGGUCAGAGAUCACACCCAGAACAUGACCCGAACACAAGGCAUGUCAUCUAUGGACUGGAUGCGGACUUAAUCAUGCUAGGUCUCGCGACACACGAGCCUCACUUCAGAGUCCUUCGAGAAGAUGUCUUCGCCCAGGAUUCAAAGCCUCGUGUGUGCAAGAUCUGCAACCAGAAAGGGCAUCGAGCUGAAGAAUGUACUGGGAAGGCGAGGGAAAAGGAAGGCGAGUUUGACGAAAAGUCCAAAGCAAACCCCCGAAAACCCUUCAUUUGGCUGGAUGUCGGAAUUCUGAGAGAGUACCUGGCAGUCGAAUUACAUGUGCCAGGGCUCUCGUUUCAAUGGGACCUUGAAAGAGCGAUUGAUGACUGGGUUUUCCUUUGCUUUUUUGUAGGCAAUGAUUUCCUGCCACACUUCCCCAGUUUGGAAAUCAGGGAUGCAGGAAUUGAUACACUUACGUCAAUUUGGAGGGAGAAUCUUGCGGCAAUGAAAGGCUUUGUCACGACCGAUGGAAACGUCAAUCUCGAACGGGCGCAGUUUAUUCUUGAUGGUUUAGCGAAACAAGAAGAUGCGAUAUUCAGGAAGCGCCGUCAGGUCGAGGAAAGGCGGGAGGCAAAUGCUAAACGGCGGAAGCUACAAGAAGAAGCUAAUAACAACUCCGGCAAUGACAAGGUCUCUGUGCACCGAGGCAAAAGCGAGCGAAUUCCGACAGCGCACCCGGCCAAUAUCCCACUUUUUGCCCCAAAUGACCACUCCGAUAAGACGAAGCAGCUCAACCAUGAUGUAGUUGUUAACCGAGCGGAAAUCAGGACAGCAAACUACGCCAAUAAGAGUGCUGCGGCGGCGUUGAAAGCCCAGUUGCUACAGAAUACGAUCACCACAAAUCCUUCGACUGAUGAGCAACCAGCUGAGACGGAGGCACAGCCGGAAACUGAGGGGGCCUCAGUUCUUGGGAAGCGGAAGCUGGACACCAUGCAAGCGGAUUCGGGAAACCAAACCCCAAUCGAGGCUGCUCCUGGGGAAGGAAACGCUGACACAGUCAAACUCUGGGAGCCUGGUUACCGGGACCGGUAUUAUGAGCAAAAGUUUGGCCGACCACCCUCUGAUACUAAUUUCCGGAGAGAGGUUGCAAAUGCCUACGUUGAAGGGCUCUGCUGGGUUUUGCUCUAUUACUUCCAGGGGUGUCCUUCAUGGACUUGGUACUACCCAUAUCAUUAUGCGCCUUUCGCGCAAGAUUUUGAGAACAUUGGGGAGCUUAAGAUAAACUUCACACUUGGCAAGCCAUUCAAGCCAUUCGAACAGCUCAUGGGUGUACUUCCCGCCGCCAGCAAGCAUAACAUCCCCAAAGCCUUUUGGCCAUUAAUGACGGAGGAGAAUUCCGAAAUCAUUGAUUUUUAUCCAGAAGACUUUCCUAUUGAUCUCAAUGGGAAAAAGUUUGCCUGGCAGGGUGUCGCAAUUCUUCCUUUUAUUGACGAAACUCGCUUGUUAGACGCAAUGAAUAAGAUCUACCCUCAGAUCCCAGCUGAAGAAAAGGAACGGAACGAGAUGGGAAAUGAGCUUUUGUUAUUUUCCGAAUCGCAUCCGCUUUACGAUGAGCUAGCGUGCCAAUUCUUCUCUAAGCGGGCUGUUGAUGGGGACCACGAACUGGACCCACGGCUAAGCGAAGGCCUAUCUGGAGGGGUGAGAAAGGACCCAAAUUUCAUACCCCGUAGCACUGUUUCUUUUCCAUUCACCAAUGUUAAAUCGGAUAUAUACGGAGACAUCGAAGAUGAUCAAUCUAUGAGUGUUAUAUAUUUGCUCCCAGAGAAGAAAAAUCUACAUAAGUCGAUGCUUCUACGUGGCGUCGUCUUGAAAACCCCAGCGUUGACUGAGGGGGACAAGGACGUCAUUUUAAAUAAGCAGCAAGGAAAUGGAAACAGGUAUGGAGGUGGCUAUCUUGACAGAUCAAACUCGGGUAGAGGUAGGGGCGGCCGACAUCAUUACAACAAUCCUAUUGCACCCCCAUCGGGUGUUAGGGGUCCUACUUUACCGGCGGGGUACACACUCCCUGAUCAGCAAGGGCGGGGCGGAGGUCAAGGAUGGACCCCGCCCGGAAAUCAAAGUUUCGACUUCAGAUACGGUCAGGGAUAUCAACAACCCCAACAAGGCUACGGGAAUGGCCAAUAUGGUGGAGGUAGUAGUGGCAGCUCAGGAUACCAGUCCUAUGGGAAUAACCAAGGAUACUCGGGCUCACAAAGCCACAAUCGUCAAGGUGGCAGUGGUGGCGGAUAUCAGGGAGGAGGGGGUGGUGGCUACGAACGUGGCUACAACGAUAGAAACAACUACGGCGGAGGUGGGAACAGUGGGUAUCAAGAUGAUAGAAGAGGCUCCUAUGAACGUGGCGGUGGAGGCGAACGUCGUGAUUACAACAGUAACAAUCAACACGACCGCCGACCUCCACAGCAAGAUCGUCGAGGAGGGUAUCGGGGAGGAGGCAGGGGAGGGCACGGCCAGGGCGGCGGCGGGGGGUAUAAUCGGGGAAAUAACAGCUGGAUGGGAUGA